GACGGUGGUGGGGGAGAUGAGCUCCAGUCGCAGCGCUGCUGGUGUGACUGUGUUUGACGGACGCAUCUUUGUCUCUGGCGGCCAUGACGGUUUACAGAUCUUUAACACGGUGGAGUCCUACAACCACCACACCAACCGCUGGCACCCGGCGGCGGCCAUGCUGAACAAGCGUUGCCGGCACGGCGCGGCGGCGCUGGGCAGCAGCAUGUUCGUGGUGGGGGGGUACGACGGCUCGGGCUUCCUGAGCGGCGCCGAGGUGUUUGAGUCGGCGGGGGGGCAGUGGAGCGAGCUGCCGGCCAUGAACAGGCGGCGCAGCCGGGUGUCGCUGGUGGCCACGGCGGGCCGGCUGUACGCCGUGGGCGGGUACGACGGGCAGUCCAACCUGGGCUCGGUGGAGACCUUUGACCCCCACACGCAGCGCUGGACCUUCAUGACGCCCAUGCUGUGCCACGAGGGGGGGGUCGGCGUGGGCUGCAUCCCGCUGCAGCCCGCCUAGCCGUCCAAUCACAGCGCAGGAGUCAAAGCUUUCUGUCACAUGGCGAAGGCGGCGCCGCUCGCGCCAUCUGAGCUUCAUCGGUACGACCGCCGCGCGCAGACGCCAGGCCUGGGGGGUUGUGGGUAAAACGGAGGCGCUAGCCCGCGCAGGCUAGCUGCUAGCAUUGUGGACUGAUUGGUGUUUAAUGUUGAUUUUAUGCUUGAUUGAAACACGUUUUCUACAUACGGGCAACAGGAAGUGGCUGACCUGGAACAGGAAGUGGCUGACCUGGAACAGGAAGUGCUCUCAGAUCUGUUUCCUGUGGCCGAGUUGUCUCUGAGACUGAAGUAACCAGCGAGUGACACGCCCUCUACAGGCGGUUCAGGGAGCCUUUUAAAUCAGCC